ACUGGCCCUUUAAGCUGUUCGUUCUUUCCCAUAGGUUUCGGGAUGCCUGCUACCAAGCCCGCCGCCUCGCGUCAAGCUGGGAGGAUACCGACUGCAUUUUAAAACAUACAUUUAAAAACGAAUUAGAACCGUAUAUCUGAACGCAAAUCGUUAGUGCGGUACAACAAGCUGUUCGGCAAUGCAAGCCAUAAAAUGUGUGGUGGUCGGCGAUGGGGCUGUGGGAAAAACCUGCCUGCUCAUCAGUUACACCACCAAUGCCUUCCCAGGAGAGUACAUCCCCACUGUGUUCGACAAUUACUCUGCCAAUGUGAUGGUGGAUGGCAAGCCCGUCAAUCUGGGUUUAUGGGACACAGCAGGACAGGAGGACUACGAUCGUCUUCGACCCCUGUCUUACCCUCAGACGGAUGUCUUUUUAAUAUGCUUCUCUUUGGUGAGCCCGGCCUCCUUUGAAAACGUCAGAGCAAAGUGGUACCCAGAGGUGCGGCAUCACUGCCCCAACACCCCCAUCAUCCUGGUGGGCACCAAGCUGGACUUGCGGGACGACAAAGACACCAUCGAGCGCCUGAGGGACAAGAAGCUCUCGCCCAUCACGUACCCGCAGGGCCUCGCCAUGGCCCGAGAGAUAGGGGCGGUGAAGUACCUGGAGUGCUCUGCCCUGACCCAGCGGGGGCUCAAGACGGUGUUCGACGAGGCCAUCCGCGCCGUCUUGUGCCCCCCUCCAGUGAAGAAGCACGGCAGGAGGUGCACACUCUUCUGAGUGGCCUGGGCGCCCCACCUCGCGAUGCACAUCCUCCGCCGUCGUCAAGACAACCACCGGUGUGCCACUCCAGAACCACCACCACCAACAACGCAACCACAGAUUAGAAGCCCUUAAUUUGGGAUUGGAUUUUUUCAGUGCGCAGAUACAGUCGUAGUCUCAGUCGGAUGCCAUCCACUCGGGUUGGGAGGGGCUGUUUUUAGUUUUUUUUUUUUUUUUUUGGUGAACUUGUGCUUGAGAUUGGAGAGAUUUUUAGUUUUGCUUUGUUUUUUUUGUCAAGCAGUUACAAUACGUCUUGUGAAAAGAGGCAAAAAAAAGGGUUUAAGAGAGGAAGAGAGAACAAAAAACCAAUAUAUCAGCCUGCUGAGAAUAAGGAAUAUAGUGUCUUGUGGUAUUGGAUGUUUUUUUUUUUUUUUUUUUUUUUUUAAAUAACUCACAUUCCUGAAAUAAUCUGUUUUAUAGGGAUAUUGGUGAAAAUUACUGUCUGAAACUGUGUAGUAGGCCUAGUUAUUUCAGAGAGUUUGUAUUUGUCUGGAACGCCUGAUUAGAUGUGAGAGCACCCUCUUCCCGAAAAGCAGCUGAUUCCGGGGUCGAACCUGGCAUGGGAACAGACCAGACCUCCAAUAAUCUGCUGUUAUCUGUGGGUCAGCACAUCAGAAUUCAGUAGCG